AUGCCUCCACGAUUAAAUCUUCUCACUUCCACGCGAUCAAUUCCUUAUAGACCGAAAGUGCAGGCGCAAUGGCUUGCACGACCGACCACGCGAGCGGCGCCGUGGCAAUCCCGCGCAUACUCCGAUUCGAAAGAUCCUCCUUCGGCAGACCGAUCAAAACGAAUUGAAUCGCAGCCUCUUCCACACAUCUCUGAAGAGGCAGCGAAGAUAGCGGAGAUAACAGGCACCCAAGGGCCCGAUGUGAACAAAGGAACACCUGUGGAAGAGGUCGUCAAGGGAGACAAGGAAGCCGAGAAGAAGCUUCCAAAGGUGAUGCAGGAUGCACUCAAGUCAAAAGCAAACUCUCCUCCGAAAGGAUCGCGCUCCUACUCCACGACCACGACGCCUAUCGGUGGAAACGGUGGUGGAAACGGUGGUGGGCUCGAUAUGGGACUCGUAGGCUUCAAUCCGCCUUUUACAACACCAGAGACACCAGGCUUGAAGUUCGGGAUGCCCACGCUUCCUCUGCCCAAGGACGGGCAUGUCAAGCAUCGGUACGACCCGGUGGUUGACCAGGUCACUAAUCUUUUGAUGCGACACGGCAAGAAGAGCAUUGCUCAGCGGGACAUGGCCUUAAUCCUCCAGCACCUCCGUACAUCGCCGAUUCCCACCAUUAACCCGUCCCGGCCUCUCCUUCCUGGUGCACCUCCGCCGUCGCACCUCCCUCUCAACCCUAUUCUGUACCUUACCCUUGCCAUUGACUCGGUUGCUCCUCUCAUGCGCAUUCGAAGUCAGAAAGGCGCCGCAGGUGGUGGUGUCGCCUUGCAAAUACCAGUGCCGCUUGGCCAGCGACAGAGACGGCGAGCGGCAGUGCAGUGGAUUCUCUCGGCAGCGUCGAAGAGGAGAAAUCGAGGAAGCGGAAAGGGCAGUUUUGCACAGAGAGUAGCGGAAGAGCUGGUCAGCGUGGUUGAAGGGCGAAGCUCCGUGUGGGACAGGAGGAACGGGGUGCAUAAGCUAGGUGUCUCCGCCCGAGCCAAUGUUGUCCUGCCGAGGAAGCGAUAGAACGUAUACAAUAUCUGAUCGGGCGCCAGAGGGAUGGGGAAUGAAGUGAAUAUUGUGGGGCAAAAGUUCAGCGGGAUAUUAUGCAGAGAUUGUGCAAGCGAGAGAAUAUCCACUCCUCCAAGCCCCUCAGCUACACAGGACUACUUCUCCAGCUUGCCGGCUCGCCCGUGUCCCGUGAGUACAGCCACAGAUUUAGCCUCGAGCUUCCAAGGACCCGCCCGGGCGACGCAAUCAUCAUGUGAUUGCGAUUGAUCAGCUUCCGAGGUCCUCUUGGCAUGAUUAGACAGAGGGCACAGGGCGCCGCGCGCAGACACAAUGAAGCGAUGCUGCCGCGUGUACGGAGAGGCGCC